AUGGGGGGAGCCGCUCGUUGUUUGUCGCUCGCCCUCGUCCUCCUCCCGCCGCUCCUCGCCUCGGCGCAGCAUCGCUGCCGGCUCGGCGACGUGCGGCAGCCCGACGGCAGCUUUCAGCUCGGCAGCUGCGAGGAGCUGCUCCUCUUUGGCGAGAGCGUCGGCGACGGCGGCGCGAUCAAGCUCGCAUCGGCUCUCGCCGGCAACACCAAGCUGCAGCUCGUCGACCUCUGGCACAAUGGGGUGGGCGCCGCCGGCGCGAAGGCGCUCGGCGCCGCCAUCGCCAAGAACACCGUCCUCAAGCGGCUCUACCUCAACGAGAACCCGCUGGGCGCCGAGGGCGCAAAGGGCAUCGCGGCGGGCCUGGCCAAGGCGCGCGGGCUGCGCCACCUGUGGCUGACCCGCACGAACGCGGGCGACGAGGGCGCGGCUGCACUCGCCACGGCGCUCGCCGCGAACCACGUGCUGGAGGCGCUCGACAUGUGGGAGUGCGGCAUCAGCGGCGCCGGCGCGGAGGCCAUCGCCAUCGCGCUGAAGGGGAGGCACGACGGGCUGCGAACGCUCGAGCUGCGGGGCAACGCGAUGGGCGACCGAGGCGCGAGGGCGUUUGCCGCGCUGCUGCCGACCAACAAGCCCCUCUCCACCCUCGACCUGCUCAACACGGGCGUGAGCGCCGAGGGACGCGCGCUGCUGCGGGAGGGGCUGAGAAAGGCUGCUUCGCUGCCGUACAUGGUGCUUUUCGAGGACGCCAUCGGGCCGCACCAGCAGCGGACCUCGUGGGAGGAGAAGGGGCAGAAGAAUGCGCCGUGA